CUGCCCUUCGCCCGCCUCUCCGGCAGCGACGUGGCUUUCUUUGAGCGCGUCAUGCCCGGCAGGGUCAUCACAGACCCGGAGGAACUGGAACCGUUUAACGUGGACUGGCUUAAGUCAGUCCGAGGCUGUAGCAAGCUGAUGUUGAAGCCGCAGACAACAGCGGAGGUGUCUCAAGCUCUCAGGUACUGCUAUGAGAAGAACCUGGCAGUGAACCCACAGGGGGGUAACACCGGCCUUGUUGGGGGCAGCGUUCCUGUCUUUGAUGAGAUCAUUCUCUCCACGGCUCUCAUGAACCAGAUCAUCAGCUUUGACAAGGUCUCUGGAAUCCUUGUGUGCCAAGCUGGUUGCAUCUUAGAGAAUCUCAACGAGUACUUGGAGGAGCAGGGGUUUAUCAUGCCGCUUGACUUGGGAGCAAAAGGUACCUGUCACAUUGGUGGUAACGUGGCCACAAAUGCUGGAGGCUUACGACUCUUGAGAUAUGGCUCUCUCCGAGGGACAGUGCUAGGACUGGAAGUGGUGCUGGCCGAUGGCUCAGCUCUGGACUGCUUGGCUUCUCUGCGCAAAGAUAACACUGGCUAUGAUUUGAAGCAGCUUUUUAUCGGAUCCGAGGGAACCUUGGGAGUCAUCACUGCGGUCUCCAUACUCUGUCCUCAGAAACCUAAGGCUGUGAAUCUGGCAUUCCUAGGGUGUCAGAGUUUCGCUAAGGUUCUGGAAACAUUUACAGCCUGCAGAGCCAUGCUGGGAGAGAUCCUGUCUGCCUACGAGUUCAUGGAUGAGAAAUGCAUGGAGUUGGUUGAGAGACAUCUCAAGCUGUCCAGCCCAGUGACAGGCAGCCCUUUUUAUAUUUUAAUUGAAACUUCGGGCUCCAACUCAGCCCACGAUGAAGAAAAAUUGAACAACUUCCUAGAACAGGCCAUGACUUCUGGUUUGGUCACUGAUGGAACUGUGGCAACGGAUGAUAAGAAAAUAAAGAUGCUGUGGAGCCUGCGGGAGAGGAUCACGGAGGCCCUCACUCACGAUGGCUAUGUCUACAAAUAUGACAUCUCUCUCCCUGUGGGAAAGCUGUAUGAUCUGGUGACUGACAUGAGGGCUCGGCUGGGCCGGAGUGCCAAAAAUGUGGUGGGCUACGGUCACUUGGGAGAUGGAAACUUGCACUUGAACGUCACGGCGGAGUCCUAUAGCCAUUCCCUGCUGGACGCCAUCGAGCCGUUUGUGUACGAGUGGACUGCAAGAUACAAUGGCAGUAUCAGCGCGGAGCACGGACUGGGCUUCAAGAAGAAGCAGUUCAUUCAGUACAGCAAACCCAGGGAGGCAAUCCUUCUAAUGCAGCGUUUCAAAGCCAUGUUAGACCCCAAAGGGAUCCUCAAUCCAUACAAGAUGCUGCCCUCCAGUUCCUGAGACCAACAGGCACUGGGAACCGAGCAGAUGCCAUCGCACCAGGGUGGCAUCUCUAGCGCAGUAACUGCACUUUAGCCAUAAACAAACUGAUGGAUCAAGCAAGCAUGUGGAAUGCUCCUUGUUUUAUUUCCUUAGUGUGAUGGAACAAGUAAAGGUUCCUCUUUUCAGGGGUGCCUUCUCUUUCUGUAGAAGAGCACACUACUGGUUUUGACCAUGUGGGUUUCCUAUUUAAUCUGAACACUGAAACCAAGCACACAGGUAUUGUGCCUGGAUAUGCCAGCUCUCUUUUGCCUUAGUUUCCCCUGAUUUAUUAGUGAAGUAACACCAGCCAGGAGGCAUUUUCUCACUUGGGAUGUGCAAGCGAAGCAUUGGGGCCACAGGAGAAGAACCUGUGGAUGCUAUACCGCCAUCUCCAAGUGAAAAUAUUGCUCUUCCUCGCUUGUUUUGAUCUAAUAUGCUUG